GAAUAUUUCUCCUGCUGAGUGUGAUGCGGAAUAAAGCGUCGUUUCUUUAUCGAGUAAAGGUUGCUGUUAGCUCGACUCCCUGCGGCGUUUUUAUGUUUAAUAAUAACCCGCUCAGUCCAGACGGGACUCCGGUCCCAGCCUGCGCCUGUGCAAAAAACAAAACCAAAAAUAAUCCCUUCUCCUGCACACUCAAUAAAGGAGUUCGUUUUUAAUUAUAAAACUCGAAUUUCACUUUCUAAAGGACUGAAAAUUAUAAAUCAAUAUUCUUAUUAUAAAAAGCAAAAUACUGAGCGAAGGGAUCAGGAAUGAUCUGCCUCGGGGGGGAACGAAGUUUCUCUGCAUUAGUGUUGUUAGCCGGACGAUGCCGACGUGUCCCGGUUCCGGUGAGGGAGUUUCAGGCGUUGCUAGGAGACGGGCUGCGUGGGUCUGAUUUUAUAAUAUUUAUUUUAUUAAGUUUUUCUCCUCAGAAGCAGCUUUAUCCCCAACAGCGUCUCAACAUGAUGCUGUCUCGCGUGAAGCCGGCGGUCGGGGGGGAGCCCGUUCAAGGAGACAAGAAAAAGAAAAAAGGGAAAAAAAUCCCCAAACUGGAGGAGUACAUGAGCCAGAGAGACUACAUGGGGGCUCUGACCCUGCUGGAGUUCAAGCGCAGUAUCGGGGAGAGAGAGGAGGAACUGGAUCUGUGGAUCGCAUACUGUGCCUUUCACCUGGGGGAUUACAAGAGGGCUAUGGAGGAGUACAGCUCCCUCUCUCUGAAGGAGGGCUGUCACCCUGAUGUCUGGGUCGGUCUGUCCUGCACGUACUUCUUCCUGGGCAUGUACAAGGAGGCUGAGGAGGCAGCACUGAAGGCUCCGAAGUCUCGUCUGCAGAAUCGGCUCCUGUUCCACUUGGCUCACAAGUUCAACGAUGAGAAGAAGCUGAUGAACUUUCACCAGAACCUGCAGGACGUAACCGAGGACCAGCUGAGCCUGGCCUCCAUUCAUUACAUGAGGUCCCACUACCAGGAGGCCAUAGACAUCUACAAGAGGAUACUGCUGGACAACAGGGAGUUCCUGGCCCUCAAUGUCUACGUGGCUCUGUGCUAUUACAAGCUGGACUAUUACGAUGUCUCUCAGGAGGUCCUGGCUGUCUACCUGCAGCACGUUCCUGACAGCACCAUCGCCCUGAACCUGAAAGCGUGCAACCACUUCCGCCUGUACAACGGCAAGGCAGCAGAGGCUGAGUUGAAGACUCUGAUUGAUAUCGCCUCCACCUCCUUCGACUUCGCCAAAGAGCUCAUCCGACACAACCUGGUGGUGUUUCGAGGAGGGGAGGGGGCUCUGCAAGUCCUGCCCCCCCUGAUUGAUGUCAUUCCUGAAGCCAGACUGAACCUCGUUAUCUAUUACCUGAGACAAGACGACGUGCAGGAAGCCUACAAUCUCAUCAAAGACCUGGAGCCUUCCACCCCACAGGAGUACAUUCUGAAGGGAGUGGUGAACGCAGCAUUAGGGCAGGAGAUGGGGUCGAGAGAUCAUCUCAAGAUCGCUCAGCAGUUCUUCCAGCUCGUGGGCGGCUCAGCCAGCGAGUGCGACACUAUUCCUGGAAGGCAGUGUAUGGCUUCGUGCUUCUUCCUGCUCAAGCAGUUUGAAGACGUCCUCAUCUACCUGAACUCUGUCAAGAGUUAUUUCUAUAAUGACGACAUGUUCAACUUCAACUACGCCCAGGCCAAGGCAGCCGUGGGAAACUACAAGGAGGCAGAGGAGGUGUUUCUGCUGAUUCAAAGUGAGAAGAUCCGGUCUGACUACACCUACCUGAGCUGGCUGUGCCGCUGCUACAUCAUGAAUAAGAAACCUCGCCAGGCCUGGGAGCUGUACCUGAAGAUGGAGACGUCGGCCGAGUCCUUCAGUCUGCUGCAGCUCAUCGCAAACGAGUGCUACAAGAUGGGUCAGUUUUAUUAUUCUGCGAAGGCCUUCGAUGUUCUGGAGAGGCUCGACCCGAACCCGGAGUUCUGGGAGGGGAAGCGGGGAGCCUGCGUGGGGAUCUUCCAGAUGAUACUGGCUGGGAAAGAGCCACGGGAGACUCUUCGGGAGGUGCUGCCUCUGCUCAGGAACACAGGGAACCCGCAGGUCGAGUACAUCAUCCGAAUCCUGAAGAAAUGGGGCAAAGAGAACCGGGUCGCUGUGUGAGGAGCACAACCAGAACCACACUGAGACACCCACACCAACACUACAGAACUGAACCCGAUGAAACCAGCCCCUUUACUAGAACACAGCGGACCAGCUGAGUGCAGCAGAACCAGCAGAACCAGUGUCUCAGGACUGCCCUGGGUUCUGUGUUCAGACUGGACUCCAGCUGGCUCUCAGAACGGCUGUUCCGACAUGCUUCUACUCUAAUGCCUGUGUGUAAAGAUACUGCAAUAAAAUGUUUUAUUUUCUA